CUAUUUCUGCUUCUUCAUCAUUGUCCUAAUUGUCUGGCAAGUGCGUCAGAAUUACCAAGGAUUGAAGUGCGAAAAUAGAAGAAGCUGCUGUCGGGUAGGGAAACCCUGUGACCAAUACUGAGCUGGUAGAGACGCUUUCAAGAUCCGUCUUCCACUUAUGGCCUCACUACCCCAUCUGACAGUUUGGAUAUGAUACUUUGAAGGGUGUUUAUAUAAUACCUUUCUCCUGUGAGGCCUUUCCUUACCAGAAUGUUUAUGAGUUGUAAACCAAAAACCAUUGUAUUGCUUUGAAUAGAAGAUUAGCAUUAUCUCAGAUCUCCCAAUACAGGAGAAUUUCCCAUUUUAUUUUGUUACAGCAUUUAUACCUGGAAAGCUUUUUAUAUUAGAACACAUCCUAUAUGUGUUCUAUUCUUUCUACUCUUUUGCCUGCAAACUCUGGUAAAACAUCACUCAGUAGACGGAUAGGAAAUAGAGUUCAGAUUAGUUUCAAAGAGAACCAGAAAAAUGGAGAAGAAGGGAAAGUCAGGGAAAAAAAAAGUAGAGCCUAGCAGAAGGCAGGGGAGGAGAGCGUAAAAAAUACACAUAGAUAAGGAAAGGAAAGGAAAAGUGCAAGAUAUUUAUCACAAUAUGAACACAAAAGAAAGUUCCAGCCUCACAUUCUAAUAUUUUUCUCUUUAAGCGUCAUCAAAAAGUCAGGCAAAGGGCUAAAGAUGCAGCGUCAAGAGGGGACAGUGCGUUGUAAAUGGUGGUGCUCUACCCAGACAAGGCACAGAGCACCAAGUCUAGGAGCUCAGCUUCCUGUUACUGUAGAAUCCCAUAUAACACUGUGUCCUGAUUCCUCAGCCAGGAGACUUUCCCGAGAAGAAGAUGAGAAGCCAUGCGAGCUGCUCUCUAUCAUGAAAAGCCAAAGCUGGGUCCCCAAGCAGGGAAAUGUGCGGCAGCUCCUGUGUUUAGAUCCCAGCUGCCAAAUCUGUGAGGCUACGACUCUAGAGAUUCGGCAGUUGCUGCAGAGUAAGAAAAGCCAGAUCUCCCCUGCCUUGUUGGGACUGCCACAGAGAGCCGCUUGCCUGGAGAUGCCCAUAUCCAGUGAGUCUUUUGAAUGGAAUCAGGAUUUUUACUCCAGGUACUCCACAAACUCUCCAGUGGUGCCUGGAAACCAAACACUCACACAGCUAACAGAAGAGUUAACAGAGUCUACCAAUGCAGAUGGUGUCCUGCUUUGCUGGACUGAUCCCCUCCAGAUAGGACAGGAAUUUCAUCUGGCAGACAUGCCCAUGGCCUCUGAGACACUGGUUUCUCCAGGGCUUGAGGAGCCAGUGGUUUUAAUGAAUGAGGAAGACACAGUGCACAGCAAUUUAAACUAUAUCCAGCAGCUCCAAGACCAUGAGGCAUUGAACUCACAGAUUCCUUUUCAGACCCUGACCCCACAGCUUACUGUCACACAUCCUAUGGCUGUGUCGAUUGUCACCGAUGCCCCGCAGCCAUUCCUCAGUCCGGAAGUAUUAAGGCUUUUGGAGAUACAUGUGAAAAAACUGAUGCAUUUCCAAAGGUGGGGGCUCCCCAGACGUGUAGAGGAGUCCCUAAAGCAAUUCAUGCCAAACCCACCAGUGUAUCUCCCGCCAGAACAUAACCAACCAGUUUCAUUUAUCCUGAAUACUAGCUCUCAAGACUGUGUUCAUAGGUUUGAGGGUAUUUCGCCCGAGACCUGGUACUCAUAUAUGGAUGGACAACCUAUCCAGACCUUUUGGGUUUCUGAGUGGUCUAGUGGUGACCAAGGACAAAGACUAUCCUGCAAACCAAUCCCUAGCCCUGUGGAAAAGCCCUUACUCACUCCUGACUAUGAACUUUUACAUGACCUCUGUCUAUCGCCUGAGGGACAAGUUGAUGGCUCCCAGAGCAAUCUUCAGAAGAAAUUCACUCAGUUAUUCUGCGGUCUCCCUUCUAUGCAUAGUGAAUCCUUGGGGUCCACCUUCUUGUGCACUCAAGGUGUCUCCAAGAAUACACUCAAACCCCCCUACAAAGAGCCUCAUUUCUUGAAGGUGUCCCCACCUAUUCCCUUACCUGAGGCAGCCCCGCCCCCUUCUUCAACUUCUCCAAAUGAGUCUUUGGAUGAGCCUCAAAGAGCUCAGAUCGGUGGUGUUCCAUUUCUGACUCUGUCAGAAUGUAAAACUUUGGAGUGGCAUCUUCUACAAAGACAGCUUCAGCUUCAGUGGGGCCUGCCGGCUGUCAUCGCUAGACCUCCACGUGUGCAGAGCCACACGCAGUAUAAGCAUAAGCCAUGGAAUAAAGCCAAGCCACGUGAGACUUUAAAAUUUUUCGGGCCAGGAAAACCCUUCUCAGCUCUCACCAGAGAGCUUUUCUUCAUCCCUCAGCACGCUCGCAGGCUGCUGGAAUUCCACCUGCAGAAGCGGCUGAUUCACCUUCGCUGGGGGCUGCCCCAGAGGAUCCAGCGCUCCAUAAAUAUGCUGCUCUCCUCAACAGACCUGCAGUCCCUGCCCUGCGGUGGCAGUAGGCUACCUAAUGUGAGCAUCUCACAGCCAGGGAAACCAGAGGCCUAUGGGUCUGGUGAUACGUUCUUACCCACAGCGGGCAAAGGAACAACCCCCAUGCCACACUUGUUUGCCAAGGCACAGGAAAUGUUGAAAAGCCAUGAUACCAAAUGUGAACAGAUCCGGGAGGGCAAGGUCCCGGCCUGUGUCCAAAGCGCCUGGAAAGGCAGAAUUCCUGGGGAUUUGGCAGCAGGGACUUUAUUCCCAAACAUUCCACAAGGUCAGCCCCUGGAGCUUCAGGCAGAAAACAACCCUGACCUACAUCAAGAAGCUGUUUCCUGGAAACCAAUGGACCUUGACCAGGAGGCUCAGGCCUUUUCAGGUGUUUUCAUUGAACACUGUAGGCGACCCCAAGCCCUGUCUGAGGAAACCAUUAAGAAACUGGAGACAACUCUGAGACAUAAGUAUUUGGCCUUCCUGUCAGGCCUGCAGGCCCUUUACUGCAUGGCCCCAACUAAAGCAACAUCCCCAACUGUUGACCAAUCUGUAAUCACAACUAUGCCCUGGUCUGUCAAAAGCCCACAGAAGCCCCUAUCUCAGAAGUCUCCACUUGAAGCCCUAUGCCUGAGUGGGCUUGAGCCCUGUACUCAAGAUGACAAGGAGACUUCUGCAAACAUUGCAGAAGAGUUCCAGCAUGGAGCUCAGGGGCAUGGAAGGACAGAGAAGGUGCCUCCAGAGAGACAGCCUCUCCUGAAUAGACCCUACUCAUUAGACACAGAGAUCAUGGAGAGAGUGAGUUUCUACCUGAAAAGGAAGGCUCUGGAUAUAAAGUUGGGAAUUUCUCUAAAAGAGAGUGUGUUCCAAGAGCCAACUGCAACAGACUUGGAGAGUGAAUCUGUUCAGGAGCCUCUCGGGAGUCCACGGGAAAGCACACUGCUACAGGGACCGCCCACCUUAUGUCACGUUCCUGUAGCCCCAGAUCCAGAUAAGGUCUGCCUUAAACAGCCAGCUACUGCAGUGCAGGUUGUGUUUCAGGAGCAAAACCAACCGAGUUCCAGAGCAGUGCCCCAUAGAUCUGCCCGGCAGGGCUCACAAGUCCACAGGAAUAUGAUGGAGGCCCAAGUGCACUAUGUUCAGAUGGGGACCGGUGGGGAAAUGCUGAACCUAGGGGAACCCUUUAGCACUGAGUCCCAAAGCCCAGGCAAGAGUAAGUCAGGCUAUGUCCCUACAGUGGCAGGCAAGAGAAAAAUCCCAGGGAAACCCAAGGUCGUGGGGGACCUUGGAGAAGGGGACGCAGGUCUUGGAUUUUCCCUGGUCAGUCUAAAGACACGCCAGGAUGGAGAGCAGGAGAAGAGGCUCCUGCACAGACAACUCCAGGGCUCCUCACUACAGGCCCAAACCUUUCAUCUUGAGGGUGCCUGUCCACACAGCCCCCAGGAGUCCCCUGAGCUCCAGUUCGCAGAUCCACCUCCAGAAGUCUUCAUGGAGACAGACUCUGAGCAGGACAUGGAAGACAGUCAAAGCAAGGAAUCCAUUGUCCCAGAACCUGCGAGGACUGCUAAAGCCCCCCAGCCUAUGCUCUCCCGGGCUUCCCAGGGCCUUCCUUUCCCACGCUCACCAACUCAGAGAAAGCCUUCUCAGGGCCAACCUGGUCCAGGUCACGUCCCACCAGGGCAUGCAACGCCAGCCUCUCCCUACACGAGACCCAGCCGCCUUCCAGAGGCUGGCUUGAAAAAUAAAAUGAAAUUAUUUUUUCAUUCAAUUAAACUCAAGAUGAAGAGCAAAGCACACACGGAGCCAUCCACGGUCUCUACACCUGGAAAGGUGGCCAAAACCAGUAAAGAAAAUAUUGAUAGGGGUCUGCCUCAAGCCAAGAGCCCCACCAAGAAAACAAAGCCAGAGGACUUCAGAGGGCCCAAGGCCCAGUUUUCAGUAGUUGGCCCCUGUCUAACUCCUUCCUAUAUUCUAGACAGUAAGUUCUGGCCUCGACCUCGACGAGUUGGCUCUGUCUCAGUACUAGGCCACUCUUACCAUUGCCCUCGGCACUGUCCUAGGUUGGCUUAUGCCAAUCAACAGAGAAACCCACCCUAGGUCCCAGGGUUCACAUCAGAAAUGUUGUUCUGUUAAUGGACCCCCUCCUUUGUAUCCUUUAAAGAGAACGAUUAUUGUUAUUUUCUCUAAUGAACAGGUGGAUUAAGGAGCCACCCAUAAUAUAUUCUGUACCUGUAAACCAA